UUCGCCAAAGCAAACCUUUUCAUUCAUCCCUAUAUCUUUUCCUUUUCAACAUAUUCUCGCCAUUAAUGUACAAUCGACAACAGCAAAAGCAGUCCACAAAGGAGACAACAAACAACAAAAACGUAGAUCUAACUAUAAGAUCACUAAGAGCAUAAAAGUUGGAAAGGUAAAAGGAAAUCGAGGAAUAAACAAUUCAAUAUUCAAAAUGGGCCCAAGCAAUGGACAAAAUAAAAAUAGUUCUUCGUCACAGCCAUUUACGGAUAGUGGUGAAUUGCAAAAAUCUAUUACUUUCCACGAUUUUUGCGAACUUACUCAACGACAACUUGCAGAAAUUACUCUCAACAGAUCUCAAUGCCAACGUGAAAAUUUUGACCUAAUUUGGCAAAACAGUCCUACGAGCCUAGUCAUGCAAGAAAAUGAAGUUGAACAAGGGAACUAUGCUAUAAGAAGAACAAUGAGCAAUCGUUUGGUCGGUGAAAAUGACAAUCCCAACUCUGUUGACAAUAACAAAGCAGCACUUGCAUUACAAUCUUGCACCAUUUUGGAAGAGGAGAAUAAACGGAAAAAAUUAAGCACCCUUCGUAGACGGCCACUCAAUUCCACGUUUUCUGCAUGGCUUCAACUUUUUCUAGCCAAACGACGACAACGACACAAUCGUUAUUUUGCUUCUAUUAAUCAUUCUCAACAAGAAUCUCUGCAUCAAAAUUGUGUCAAUUCCAUUUCUGGACAGAAUUGUGGGCCACUGCGCUCUUCAGUUUCGCUCUCGGUGGUGCACGAAGGUACAACCCUUGGUUCUGAUGGUGAGAGCGUCGUAGAAGUUUCUCCCUGUACUAGUGAUCAGUUCGCAUCCAACGGCAUCAGUUGUACAGAUUCAUUGUCAGCCUUUGAGAAAACUGAAUAUGUACCGAAGGUUAAGAUGCGGCAUAAAUUGAACAGACGAUGGACUGAGCAAGAUAUUCAAAAGCGGUUAUCACUUCCUCCAGAUAUAAAAUUACCACUUGAAGUAAUAGACAAGUUAAAUAGAACGCCAGCACUGCAGAACCCAUUGACACGUAAGAACAAACGUGCUUCUCUCAGCGAAAUAGGCUUCGGAAAGUUAGAAACAUACAAGAAAAUAUUUGACUUGGGCGAAGGAACAUAUGCAACAGUAUAUCUAGGAAAAAGUCUUUUGACUGGUAAAAAUGUGGCACUAAAAGAGAUUCGGCUUGAGCAUGAAGAAGGAGCGCCAUGCACUGCGAUCCGCGAGGUCAGUUUGCUCAGGAAUUUGAAACAUGCAAAUGUAGUUUAUACUGAUCGUAUAUUGACAUUGGUAUUUGAAUUUGUAGAGCGUGAUCUGCGAGAGUAUAUGGAAGAGUUGGAGAGCAAGCUGUUUUUGGUACAAUUACUUCGUGGUCUCACGUAUUGUCAUAGCCGACGCAUUCUACACAGAGAUCUAAAACCUCAAAAUCUUUUAAUCAACAGGAUCGGAGAAUUAAAAUUAGCUGAUUUCGGAUUGGCUCGAGCUCAGUCUGUACCCAGUAAGACUUAUUCAAAUGAAGUGGUUACACUAUGGUACAGGCCACCCGACGUUCUUCUUGGUUCGACUGAUUACUCUACACAUAUUGACAUGUGGGGUGUCGGGUGCAUUCUUUAUGAGAUGCUACUUCAUAAGCCAAUGUUUCCUGGGAGCACUACGGAUGAACAACUGGGACUAAUAUUUCAAAGGCUUGGUACGCCAUCAAUCGAUACUCACCCUGAAUUACACGCACUUCCAAACUUUUCUACGAUAAUGAAAGCCCAACGAUUAAGAAACACACAUCAGCCAAAAGCUCUUCUACAACCACCUCGUAUUAACCAAGAACGAGCAGAUCUUCUAUCCAAACUACUGAAGUAUGAUGGAAAGCUUCGCAUAUCGGCAAAAGAUGCAAUGAGACACCAAUUUUUGGAAUGUUUUCCACCACAAAUAUCCGAAUUGUCAGAUAAUGAGUCAGUCCUAAACUUGCCAGGAGUGUUGUUUAUUCAAGACCGCAGAAGUGACAGUGGAUGUACUGUAACACACAAAUAA